AUGGCGUACAUUAACGUCAAACGCGAUGUCACAGAUCAGUUUUACCGCUACAAGAUGCCCCUCCUCAUCGCAAAGGUGGAAGGCAAAGGCAAUGGAAUUAAGACAGUAAUCGUGAACAUGGUGGACGUUGCCAAGGCUCUGUGCAGGCCUCCAUCCUACACGUGCAAGUAUUUUGGCUGCGAGCUGGGAGCCCAGACGCAGAUGGCCGGCGGUCGCUACAUCGUCAACGGAGCCCACGAGGGCACCAAGCUGCAGGAGCUCCUGGACGGGUUCAUCAGACGUUUCGUGCUCUGUUCAGAGUGCGACAACCCUGAGACUGACCUGAUUGUGCAAGCUGGGAAGGGUCGAAUUGUGCAGACUUGCAAGGCCUGUGGACACACUGGGCUCGUUGAUAUGAGGCACAAACUCACCACGUUCAUCCUGAAGAACCCCGUGGGUCCAGGCGGCACCAUUGUGGAGGAGAAUGGAAAAUCAGGUGGGAAGAAGGGAGGGAAGAAGGCAAGGGCAGGGAAAGGAAAGGGGGGUAAGGAGUCCACCCAGUCGCCCAAUCAUGACCAGCAGCCACAGCAGGAGGAGGGGUUUGAGGGGCCACCAACUAUGAAUGGGGGAUCGGAGGAGGAGGAGGAAUGGAGUGUGGACACGAGCGAGGCGGCCGUCAAGCAGCGAAUGGAAAACUUGUCCUCCCAGGCCACCAACCUGGCUCUGACCUCUGACCUCGAGAAGAGCUCCCAGGAUCGAGUCAACAUGCUCUUUGAUUUUGUGAAGUCUCUCAAAGAUGGAUCAGGAGGAGCUGAAGGUCUGGUGAGUCAGAAGCAGAAGAUCAAGGUCGAGGCAGAGAGGCUGGACGUCGUAGACAAGGCCGCCGGUGUUCUGGCUGAACUGCUGUUUGACGUCAACAUUCUUCAGCAGAUCAAGGACUAUCGCAGCCUCUUCCUUGUGUUCAUAGUUGAGAACCGAAAGGCCCAGAAGUACCUGCUGGGAGUGUUUGAGAUGCUGGUGGGAGAGAAGGAGCAGCUGAAGGCAAAGGUACCACACAUUCUGAAGGCCUUCUACGACCACGACAUAGUGGAGGAAGAGGCUCUAUUGGAGUGGGCUGACAAGGUGCCCAAGAAGAAGAAGGAGCUGGCCAAGGAGAUCCGUGAGAAGGCAGCCCCUCUCCUCAACUGGCUCCGGACGGCCGAGGAAGAGAGCAGCAGUGAAGAUGAAGAUGAUGAUGUCGAGGUCGAGUAUUCCAGCAAGGCCACUGGGGACUCCAUCAUGACAGCUGAAAGCCAGCCAGCUGAGGUGGAGGAAGGAGAGGCAGGGCCUGAUUUUGAUAUCGAUGCCAUCUGA